UCUCUGCUCAGCAAUGGCGCUGCGGGCUGGGCAUUUGUUUUCUCCGUGUCUACUCGCGGCGGCUUUUUUAUUGCUCGCUAUCGGACCACAGGUUGUAGUUUGUUGUCCGAGUCGCUGUUUAUGUUUCCGAACCACCGUGAGAUGUAUGCAUCUAAAUUUGGAAACCGUACCAGCAGUUUCUCCUCAAACCACUAUUCUAGAUCUGAGGUUCAACAAAAUCAAGGAUUUACAACCGGGUUCCUUCAGAAGAUUAAAGAACCUCAACACACUCCUCCUCAACAACAAUCAUAUACGAAGGAUUCCCAGGGGGGCAUUUGAAGACCUGGAAAACCUCAAAUAUCUCUAUUUGUACAAGAAUGAAAUCCAAUCAAUUGACAGACAAGCAUUUAAGGGGCUUGUCUCUCUUGAGCAACUGUACCUGCACUUCAACAACAUUGAGUCUUUGGAACCAGAAUCAUUCACUCACCUACCAAAGCUGGAACGACUGUUUUUGCACAACAACAGAAUCACUCAGCUAGUCCCUGGAACCUUCUCUCAUCUUCAGGCCAUGAAGCGAUUGCGACUGGAUUCCAAUGCUUUAAACUGUGACUGUGAGCUGCUGUGGCUGGCUGACCUGCUGAAGCAGUACGCUGAGUCCGGUAAUGCCCAGGCUGCUGCCACCUGCGACUACCCCAGCCGCCUCCAGGGCAGAUCAGUGGCAACACUCACUGCUGAGGAGCUCAACUGUGAGGUACCCAGGAUCACUUCAGAGCCCCAGGAUGUGGAUGUUACAUCAGGGAACACCGUCUACUUCACAUGUAGGGCCGAAGGCAACCCUAAACCACAGAUCAUCUGGCUCAGGAACAACAACGCUCUAAACAUGCGUGAUGACAGUCGUCUGAACCUGCUGGAAGAUGGGACACUGAUGAUCCAGGACACCAGGGAGACAGACCAGGGAGUCUACCAAUGCAUGGCAAAAAACGUGGCCGGGGAGGUCAAGACUUCACAGGUCACACUGCGGUAUUUUGGAGCCCCCUCACGGCCAAGUUUUGUGAUCCAGCCUCAGAACACUGAGGUGCUGGUUGGGGAGAGUGUGACCCUAGAGUGCAGUGCCACAGGCCAACCACAGCCCCGCAUCUCCUGGACAAAGGGUGAUCGGACACCCCUUCCCAAUGACGCACGCAUCAACAUCACCCCCUCUGGAGGGCUUUAUAUCCAGAAUGUGGUCCAGGCUGAUGGAGGACAAUAUACCUGUUUUGCCUCCAAUAAUGUUGAUACCAUACACUCUGCAGCGUAUAUCAUCGUACAAGCAAUCCCCCAUUUCACAGUCACGCCGCAGGACCAAUCAGUCCUGGAGGGUCACACUGUGGAUCUCCCCUGUGAAGCAAGUGGUUACCCCCAGCCGGUGAUUGCUUGGACACGUGGGGGCAGUCCAUUACCCCUAGACCGCCGUCAUGCAGUCCUGUCUUCUGGUACUCUUCGCAUCACUCGGGUGGCAGCCCAUGAUGUGGGCCAGUAUGAGUGCCAGGCGGUCAGCCCUGUAGGGACUGUGCGCACUGCUGUACAACUCAGCAUCCAGCAGAGAGUAACGCCUGUUUUCACAAAUGCUCCAAGGGACCUGAUGGUGGAGUCUGGCCAGGACAUCCAGAUUCCCUGCAGCGCUCAGGGCCAGCCACAACCUGUCCUCACAUGGAACAAGGAUGGUGUACAGGUGACAGAAAGUGGCAAGUUUCACAUCAGUCCUGAGGGUUAUCUAGAGGUAAAGGAUGUGGGCACCGCUGAUGCCGGACGCUAUGAGUGUGUUGCCCGCAACCCCAUCGGCUACCAGGUGGCUAGCAUGGUGCUAACUGUCACAGUUCCUGCGGUCAGCAGAGAAGGGGACACCUUUGUGAGCACGUCCAUUGAGCAGGCCAUCCGUAAUGUGGAUAGUGCUAUUGAGUCAACAAGAAGACGUCUCUUUGAUGGUCAGCCUCGUACCCCAGGAGAGUUACUAGCUCUUUUCCGGUAUCCACGUGACCCCUACACAGUGGAGCAGGCACGUGCCGGGGAGAUCUUCGAGCAGACUCUUCUGCUCAUCCAGAACCAUGUCAACCAGGGUCUCAUGGUCGACACCAACGGCACCGCAUUUCGGUACAACGACCUGGUGUCUCCUCACUUUUUGGACGUGAUUGCCAACCUUUCCGGCUGUACAGCCCACCGCCGCUUCAACAACUGCUCUGACAUUUGUUUCCAUCAGAAGUAUCGUAGCCAUGACGGGACCUGCAACAACCUGCAGCACCCUAUGUGGGGUGCCUCACUCACUGCCUUCGAACGACUCCUGAAGUCAGUCUAUGAUAAUGGCUUUAACCUGCCGAGAGGUGCUACUGAGCGGCUGCAUAAUGGAUACAGGUUGCCUCUGCCUAGGCUGGUUUCUACCACCAUGAUUGGAACAGAGACCAUCACUCCUGAUGACCGCUACACUCACAUGCUGAUGCAGUGGGGUCAGUUCCUAGACCAUGACUUAGACUCAACAGUGGCAGCCCUCAGCCAGUCAAGGUUCUCUGACGGCCAGCUGUGCACUCAGGUCUGCACCAAUGACCCACCAUGCUUCCCAAUCCAGUUCCCACCCAAUGAUCCACGGCAGCUGCGAAGUGGUGCCAACUGCAUGUUCUUUGUCCGAUCCAGCCCUGUCUGUGGUAGCGGGAUGACAUCUCUUCUCAUGAACAGCGUAUAUCCAAGAGAGCAAAUCAACCAGCUGACCUCUUACAUUGAUGCUUCAAAUGUCUAUGGCAGUUCACGUCAUGAAUCUGAGGAAAUCCGUGAUUUGGCCAGCCAAAGGGGGCUGCUCCGCCAAGGUAUCAUCCAGCGAACAGGGAAGCCACUUCUUCCAUUUGCGACAGGACCACCUACUGAGUGUAUGAGGGAUGAAAAUGAGAGUCCAAUUCCAUGUUUCUUAGCUGGAGAUCACCGUGCCAAUGAGCAGCUUGGUCUGACCGCCAUGCACACAGUGUGGUUCAGGGAACACAACCGCAUAGCUACGGAGCUACUGAGACUGAACCCCCACUGGGAUGGGGACACCAUCUACCACGAGGCCAGAAAGAUAGUGGGGGCCCAGAUGCAGCACAUCACCUACAGUCACUGGUUGCCAAAGAUCCUGGGUGAGGCAGGUAUGAAGAUGAUGGGGCUGUACACUGGUUACGACCCCAAUAUUAAUGCCGGCAUCCUCAGUGCUUUCGCCACUGCUGCAUUCCGCUUUGGGCACACCCUCAUCAAUCCCAUACUCUACAGGUUAGAUGAGGACUUCCAGCCUAUCCCCCAGGGACAUAUCUCCCUGCACCGGGCCUUCUUUUCCCCGUUUCGCAUUGUGAAUGAGGGCGGCAUUGACCCACUCCUUCGUGGGCUCUUUGGUGUCGCUGGUAAGAUGCGGGUUUCCACACAGAUGCUGAAUACGGAGUUGACGGAGAGGUUGUUCUCCAUGGCCCAUGCUGUCGCUCUGGACUUAGCUGCCAUGAAUAUACAGAGAGGAAGGGAUCAUGGCAUACCCCCGUACAAUGAUUACAGGACCUUCUGUAACCUGACCUCAGCUCAGACGUUUGAUGACUUGAGGAAUGAAAUUAAGAAUGCUCAUGUCAGAGAGAAAAUUCAGAGGCUGUAUGGCUCUCCUCUUAACAUCGACCUAUUCCCUGCACUGAUGGCUGAAGACCUGGUCCCUGGCAGUAGAGUGGGGCCCACCCUAAUGUGUUUGCUGGCUGCUCAGUUCAAACGCCUGAGGGAUGGAGACAGGUUCUGGUAUGAAAAUCCGGGCGUGUUCACUCCUGCCCAGCUGACCCAGUUGAAGCAGGCCUCUCUGACACGGGUGCUGUGUGACAAUGGGGACAACAUAACACAUAUCCAGCAGGAUGUUUUCAGGGUGGCCGAGCGGCCCCAUGGCUAUGGCACCUGUGAAGACAUCCCUCAGGUUGACUUGCGCAUGUGGCAGGACUGCUGUGAAGACUGCAGAACCAAGGGUCAGUUCAAUGCCCUGUCAUACCACUUUAGAGGACGCAGAUCAGCUGAGCACAGCUAUAACGAGGCUAGACCUGCCAACGGCAUCCAGGCAAACAGACAAGUGGAGGAAGCUCUAGAAAGUCUUGUAAAUGUUACUGUGAUCUCCAAAAAAAGCACUGAACCCUCAGUCAACGACUUCCAGGACUUUGUUUCUGACAUGCAGAAGACAAUCACCAGUUUACGAAAGCAGAUUAAAAGACUUGAGAACCGUCUCAGCAAGACUGACUGCACUGAUUCCGAGGGACGUGAACGAACAGAUCAGGAACGGUGGAAAAAGGACUCCUGCACCAUAUGUGAAUGCAGAGAUGCCCAGGUUACAUGCUUUGUGGAGUCUUGUCCUCCAGCUGAAUGCAAACAGCCAGUCAAGCUUAAAGGUGCCUGCUGCCCGGUGUGCCUGGAACAGGCAGAGAAGUGGCCAAAAGCAGAAACCCGCCAUGAAUAACCCUCAGGACCCUACCAACAAACACACUCUAAUGGCUGAAAGUCAUACACUCACACACAGACAUCCAGAGAGAGGAUGAGACUCAUGAAGGUGUGCUAAUCCACAGCCUUGAUAGACCUAAUAGCCUCAGUUUUUGUUUUGUUUCAUUUUGUAUCCUUUUGAGUUGAUCAGGGGAAGGGGGUGAUUUUUUUUCUUUUUGGAUUGUUGCCCCCUCCAGGGCCGGCAGCCUGCGGCUUAGUAUGAAAUCCACUGGCAACCAGCCAACGAUCGCUAAAUGGAUUUAUUUCUGAACCAGUGGGUGGAUGAUGGAUUGAUGAAUGGGAGUCCACUGAGGCUUCUGAAGUGUACAAACAGCCACUGUGUCCUGUGACUAACACUUAGUGACAAAAUGCAGGGCCACUUGCCGUCAACAAGCAGGAAAGGGAAGUAGAUUGAAAGGCGGCAGCCAUUUUGUUGUCUCACAAAAGUUUCUCAGGUUAGAGAUUCCAAAAACUGGUGCUAUUUUCCCCCUUUUAUAUCAAUGAAUUAAUCACUAAAUAAGAACCUUCAAAGUAUUGUCUUUUGUAUGCAAAGCAACCUAUAUACACUCAGUAUAUGCCUUAAAUUGCAAUUGAGAGGAUGGUUUUAUUCAAACUAAAAGACUUUUUAUGAAUAGAAUUACUUCAUCUUUUAAUCCAAGGUGCUUUAUAUCAUGUUAUGAAUAUGUAUUUUUUCCUCCCUUUUUGUAUACAAAUGCUUACAUAUGAAGAUAAUGUGAAGCCCUACGAAAAUGUACAAAAAUGAUGUCUACUGAUUACUGCUCCUCUAUCCAUGGACAACUUGUUGGUUAACUUACGUAUUGUCUCUGCUGGCCUGUCCUGAACUUGAGUGAGGUGGAGCCGUGUAGGACACUCAGACCAGCUCUUGCACUGUUGUCCUCUUUUCCAAGUUUCAUUUUGCUUUCAGAAAGAAAUGAAAGAAUAUUAAUUUUUACCACUGUUAUGUUGUGAACUUUGUCCCAGUAUUUUUCUCAGUCUUGUAAAGCCAAAUGUAUGAUUUAGUUACUUCUAAAAUGACUUUUAGAAUCUUUGAAACUGAAUGUGUGAAUGUUGUAAUAAGGUCAGGAUUUAGCCUUUGGUACUGCAAGCUCUACCAUAGCAGUAUUCUCCUUGUGGUCUGCUCACAGAUAUUUUUAAAAUGUAUAGUCUUAGUCAAGAGACUACACACAACUGAAGGGCUGUAGCCCCCACUGCUGACUGUUCUUCUCUGAUGUUGUGAACUUGCACCUUUCUAGCCCCAGUUUAGACAAGGACACGCUUGCAUGCAUUCCUUUGUUAAGCAUCCACUUUGACUCCAUCUUUUCCCUAUUUUAAGUUUGCGCUAAUGUGUACAGUAUUUAGAUAUUUCCCCAUUUCAGUGUUGAUAUAGGUGUAGAAUGCUCACCCUGCUUGUGUUUCUUUGCCAUGUUCAAGAUUUUGAGACUGGAGUGACAUCAUUUGGCAGAGCAUGUGUGGAGUGCAGGUUUCUCUAGCCCUCUGACCUUCAUUCCGCUGUAAUGGAAGCCAUAUGAGAGGGGAAGCAAGGGUAAUGUUGGGGGAAGGGUGCUGGUGAUUGGGAUACAGUGUCAAUUAAAACAAACCUCUACCAUCUUGCAAUUGUUGGACAGAUUUAUUCCACUGACUCGUGUCAGCUGAUAUACAUGUCGAGACAAGUUACUGUACAAAGUCAUUGUGCCCCAUGCACUUGCUUGCUUAAUGUAACAUAAGUCACAUUUUGUUUCCUGUUUUGCUCCUAAUUAUGGUGAAGCAGCUGCAGCUGCAGUGUUCCUUUCCAUUGUUUUCUUUAUGUGGUAACAUCCUGAGCAAGCAUCUGUCACUAAACAGAAAUUAUACUCUCCGGAAUGUUCCAUUCAGCAUUCCAGAUGGAUUAUGGGGCUUUCAGUCGCACUGGUAAAUCAUAUCAUAUUUUUGAAUAUACUGGACAGGUUUGUACAUCAAACUGUGAGUUUACAGUUGUGUUUUCUUUCUUACCAUUGCUUUCUGAUUGUGGUUAUUGCAACAACACCUGUAUGCAUCCUAUUCAUGUGUUCCAAUGUAUGUAUGUGUAACUGUUUAGCAUUUUAAUAUAUUUUCAUAAACUUUGGGUAUGAAUGAGCAUGUAGCCUGUGUCUCAUAAACAGGCUAAAUGCACUUUGGCAAGUGUCCCCAAGUUUGGCUGUCAAAGCACUGUGAGCUCUCUUUGUAACCAGUCUUCAUAUUCAUAUAUCUGUUGUAUUAGUUAACUGUAUUUUCUAAUUUCAUUACAGUAACCCCUGUUUAUGUUUCCACCAGAAAGUGUCCUAAGUGUCAAGUGUUUCCUACUAAGUGUCAAUGGAAUGCACUGCUCCACAUGACUGAACAUGCUUUACCUACACUGUCCCUUAACCAGUGGUGAAGGUGGAUAUAAUAGUACCUACUAUGACAUUUGUAAUGUACGUUUGCCAAAGAAUGGUUUGCACUGUAAUGUAUGCCUCUCAACAGUAAUAAUAAAUAAAUAAGCCACAUUUUAAUUUCUGUCA